AUGGAGGAACAUGCCAUUAUACAGAAAACCCUGAAAUGGUUAGAAAAUCUAUCAAAAGGAAACCUAAGCCACCAACUGGAGGAACUAACCCUAGAAGGACUCCAGAUUAUCGACGCCCACAAGGGUUCUAUACGCUGCAGUUUCGUCAUUCCUAGUCAUGCUUCAGAUCGAGAUGGGAAUUGGCAUGUUGGAGCCAUGGCGACGUUGAUCGACGACGUUGCAGCUGCUGCUAUUUAUUCCAUCGUCGACCAUGUUAAAGUCUCUUUGGAUUUCAGUAUUUCGUUUCAUUCGACGGCCAGGAUUCAAGAAGAAGUGGAGAUAGAGGCGAGGGUGGUGGCGGAGAAGGGAAAGCUAGCGCAGCGGUGGUGGAGAUUAGAAGAAAGGAAACGGUGAGCUAAUUGCUUCGGGGAAACAAUGGAUGGCGACGCAUAAAGCAAGUGUUAAGGCAUCCCGAGCGAGUAAGCUUUGAAGC